GUGGUCCUGUGCCGGGCUUCAGCGCCGUGGUAGCCAGUGACAUCCCCCUGGGUGGGGGUCUCUCCAGCUCAGCUGCUCUGGAGGUGGCUACUUACACCUUCCUCCAGCAGCUCUGCCCUGAUGACGGUGAUUUGGUAGCCAAGGCGCUGGCGUGCCAGAAAGCGGAGCACACGUUUGCCGGCAUGCCCUGUGGGAUCAUGGACCAGUUCAUAUCCGUGAUGGGCAAGGAAGGCCACGCGCUGCUCAUUGACUGCAGGUCCCUGGAGACCGUCCUCGUCCCACUGACCGAUGCCAGCUUGGCCGUCCUCAUCACCAACUCCAAUGUGCGGCACACGCUGACGGGCAGCGAGUAUCCCACGCGCCGGCGGGUGUUCGGGAGGCUGAUGGUGGAGAGUCACAACUCCCUCAGGGAUGACUACGAAGUGAGCUGCCCGGAGCUGGACGAGCUGGUAGCAGCAGCCCUGGAGGUCGAUGGGGUUUACGGCAGCAGGAUGACGGGGGGAGGUUUUGGAGGCUGCACGGUGACGCUGCUGGAGGCUGGGGCUGCGGAGAGAGCCCAGCACCACAUCCAGGAGAAAUACAGCGGCACAGCCACCUUCUACCUCACCAAACCCUCCGGGGGGGCAAAGGUGCUGCCUCUGUAG